CACAAGAGAAAUGGCAUCCCGGUGGCUGUUGUUGCUUCUUCUCGGAGUCGCCGGCUGUGGUGGCGGCGUUCUUCAAGUCCAAGGCCAGGUCGAUAGCUUAGGUUUCAUAAGCAUAGACUGCGGUCUCCCGGGGGAGACGGGCUACGCGGACAACACCACCAAGCUCUGGUACACCCCGGACGCCGGCUACACUGAUGCCGGCACCAACCGCAACAUCUCCCCUGAGUACCAGGCAGGUAAGAGCUGGCGUAAUGUCCGCAGCUUCCCUGAUGGCGUGCGGAACUGCUACACGCUUCGGUCCCUCGUAUUCGGGCUCAAGUAUCUCAUUCGGGCCAUGUUCAUGCACGGCAACUACGACGGCGUCAAGAUGUGGCCCAUUUUUGACAUUCACAUCGGCGUGAACUACUGGCAGACUGUGAACAUAACAGACGGCGACAUGCCUGUGAUUGCCGAGAUCAUCACUGUCAUCUCCGGCGAAUCCGUCCAGGUGUGCCUCGUGAACACCGGUUCCGGGACGCCGUUCAUCUCCAGCCUCGAGGUGAGGCCUCUGAAGAACAAGCUCUACCCGCAGUCGGACGCGUCCCAAGCACUGGUUCUCGUCGCGAGGGCCAACAUUGGCUCCGAUAAAUCCAUCAGGUACCCCGACGAUCCACAUGACCGUAUAUGGAUCAAGUUGCCCACGGGGUAUGGAUGGUCGCCGAUCUCAACGACCUACGAGGUGCAGAACGACGUCAAUGACGUUUUCGAGGCACCAUCCGCCGUGACACAAACCGGAGUAACGUCCAUCAACUCCUCCAGACCCAUCUUUUUCACCCAGGAUGCACAACCCAAUGGCAACGCCAAAGAUCUAGUGCCCGGGUACGUUUUCAUGAUGUACAUGGCAGAGCUGCAACUUCUUCCGAGCAACGCCCUCCGCCAGUUCUACAUCAAGCUCAACGGCAAGCUCUGGAACACCAAAACUCUCGGCCUGAAGUACCUCGAGACGACUGUCAUGUACAAUGAAAAACCUGAUUACGCCUCCCACCAAUACAUCUUCUCAUUGGAGGCCACCACCAACUCCACGCUCCCGCCCAUCGUUAACGCCCUUGAGAUCUUCUCCGCCGUUCCGACCACUGGUAUAUCCACUGCAGCUCAGGAAGUUUCUGCCAUGACGACCAUCAAGGACAAGUACCAAGUGAAAAAGAACUGGAUGGGCGAUCCUUGCGCACCCACGAAUUACGCGUGGAAAGGAUUGCAUUGUAGCUAUGCUGUUUCUACCCCACCAACUAUCAAAGGCUUGAAUUUAUCUUCCAGUGGUCUGAGUGGCAACAUUUCAUCUUCUUUUGCAAGCCUCAAAGGUUUACAGUACUUGGAUUUGUCACACAACAAUCUGACGGGCUCCAUUCCCGACGCCCUUUCACAAUUGUCAUUGCUCACACUUCUAGAUUUAACAGGAAAUCAGCUCAGUGGGUCAAUUCCUUCCGGACUUCUCAGAAGAACCCAAGAUGAGUCCCUAACACUUAGAUAUGGUAAUAAUACAAAUCUCUGCAGUAACGGCAACUCAUGUCAGCUUGCAAAAAAGAAGAGCAACUCUAUGGUUGCUGUCUAUGUUGCAGUUCCUGUAUUUUUGGUACUGAUGGUUGUGCUUUUGUCUGUACUAAUUUGCAUGCGAAGGAGAAAGCAAGGAAUAAUAACCAAUAGUGUAAGGCCGCAAAAUGAGGUAAUUAACAGGAAUGGACACACCUCACUACGACUCGAGAAUCGCCGAUUCACGUACAGUGAAUUAGAGGCUAUCACGAAUGGCUUCCAACGAGUGAUCGGCCGAGGAGGGUUUGGGAAAGUCUAUGAUGGUUUCUUGGAGGAUGGCACCCAGGUGGCUGUCAAACUGCUGUCUGAAUCUUCCAACCAAGGGGUACAAGAAUUCUUGGCAGAGGCUCAGACCUUAGCGAAGAUUCAUCACAAGAAUCUUGUGUCCCUGUUUGGCUACUGCAAGGAGAGGGAGUGCAUGGCUCUUGUCUACGAGUACAUGUCUGAAGGAGCCCUAGACAAACAUCUUAGAGGGAGAGACAACAACACAAGAACUUUAACCUGGAAACAAAGACUCCUUAUCGCCAUGGAAUCCGCACAAGGGCUUGAGUAUUUGCACAAGGGGUGCAAUCCGCCCUUCAUUCACAGGGACGUGAAGACAUCCAACAUUCUGCUGAAUGCAAAGCUGGAGGCUAAAAUCGGCGAUUUUGGCCUGCUCAAGGCUUUCAAUAACGACUGUGAUACCCACGUGUCCACAGCCAGGGUGAUUGGGACACCCGGUUACCUUGACCCUGAGUACAAUGCUACGUUUCAGCUGACCAACAAGAGUGACGUGUUCAGCUUCGGUGUAGUGCUACUUGAGAUAGUCACAGGGAAACCACCCCUCCUGAACGAUCCAGAGCCGAUGAGCAUCAUUCAGUGGACGCGUCAGCGCCUUGCCCGUGGCAAUAUUGAGGGUGUAGUGGAUACACGCAUGCACGGCGACCAUGAUGUCAAUGGCGUAUGGAAAGUCGCUGACACCGCACUCAAGUGCACUGCCCAGGCGGCGGAGCAGCGACCCUCAAUGACCGAGGUGGUGGCAUUGUUGCAUGAGUGCCUUGAGCUUGAGGCCGCGCGUAACCACAUGAAUGCAGGGUUCUACACGGCUGGGAGUGGCGGUAACGUGGAUGGCUACGGUGGGUAUGCCACUGGCAUGUUGACUAAUGUGAGCCAAAGUAGCUCUGCAUUUGAGAUGGAACAUUUGGGCAGAGUACCAACAAUGUCUACAGGUCCAGCUGUGAGGUGAGAAGGGGAUUGGGAUACUGAAUGGCCUCCACCUCCAAUCCAUAAGUUCUUUUCCGUUUUAUCUCAAGGGAAUUCAAGUCUUUUCGAUGAUUAGUUUUUUGUUGAUUAAUUUUCUCACAUGUAAUGUUUUUUGUUGGCUUUUGUACACAUGUGAAUGAGAACGAGAUAACGCUUGAUAAAAAUGUGAGAAAGAAGCUCGUUUGUCCUUUUUCUUUUUUCAAAAGCGCUGUUUAGAAUAUGACUUUUAACGAUGAUGGUGAUUCAAUUUUUUUUUCUACGAGAGGAA